CGUCAGACGUCAAGUACGGACGUGCGGCAGACAUUUCCGGAAUUUCAGUUGGAUUGCGGUGCGGCCGUGGAGGUAUUAUUUUAAAAUCCAGAUUACAAAAACCAAACAGAAAAUAUAAAUACAAAUUAUCUUCGUCUACGGGAAAGGAAAGCGUGAUAAAAGUACAAAUUCUUCCACUAACAUAAACUCUCAGUAAAGAUGGUGGAUUAUUAUCAGAUUUUGGGGGUGUCAAAAAAUUCUUCUCAAGACGAUAUUAAAAAGGCGUACAGAAAACUUGCACUUAAAUGGCAUCCAGAUAAGAAUCCAGAAAACAAAGAUGAAGCAGAGAGAAAAUUCAAGGAACUUUCUGAAGCCUAUGAAGUUCUUUCAGAUUCCAAUAAACGUGACAUAUAUGAUCGUUAUGGCAAAGAAGGGUUGACUGGUGGAGGUGGAGGUGGAGGUGGGCAAUUUCAUGAUGGAUAUGACUUUGGAUUUACAUUCCGUAAUCCAGAAGAUGUGUUUAGGGAAUUUUUUGGAGGUCGAGAUCCUUUUGCAGAUUUCUUUGACAAUCCUUUUGAUGAUUUCUUUGGAAGCCGAAAUCGCCAGCGUGGACUUAGCAGAAAUCGAACUGGGGGCGCCUUCUUUCAUGGGUUUGGUGGUUUUCCAGGAUUUGACACAGGCUUUUCUUCAUUUGGCCAAAUGGGUGGCGGUGGCGGUGGCGGUGGCGGUGGCGGUGGCGGUGGCUUCACUUCAUUUUCAUCCACAUCAUUUGGUGGUAGCAGUGGUGGUAUGGGCAACUUCCGUUCUGUUUCAACAUCUACGAAAAUCGUAAAUGGAAGAAAAAUCACAACAAAAAGAACUGUAGAAAAUGGCCAAGAGAGAGUAGAGGUUGAGGAAGAUGGGCAGCUAAAGUCUCUAACUAUAAAUGGGGUUGCAGAUGAGGUAGCCCUAGCUGAUGAACGGAGGCGCCGGGGUCAGAACGCUUUGCCCCACUCAUCGCAUUCCCGGUACCUGAGAACUGCUAAUGAAAACUUGAGUGAUGAUGAGGAUGAGCGUGUUCGCCCUGGAUCAGGUUCUGGCAGAAGCAUGCAUGGAUACAUCGAUGGCAAAAGAAAAAAACCACGCCAAAAAGAUGAGACAAAGAAGAAAAAAGCACCAAGACCAACUCCUCGGUCAGGAACACCUUGUUAACAACGUCUAACUGUACAGUUAAGAUAUAAAAUGAGGAGUAGCCUUAUGCUUUUGCAUCGCAGUGAUUCAGAUUAUGUUUGCCUGCUUUUUGCAUUUCACACUGCAUGCAGUCCGUGUAUAUAUUAAGGUUGAGAUCAACUACAGUCUUACACGGUUUUUAUUUUUUGGGCACUAUAUCUUUGAAAAUAUGCAGAUUUGUUUUACUUUUUCAAUUUUUUGUGAUUGUUGGUUUACUGGAGAAUAAAAAAAAGUGUUUGAUACUUCAAUAAUGUCUGACCCUCAUGCAAGUGGUAAGAUUGAUGACUGGUUAUCUAAAUCAAGGCAAACAAUAAAUGUAACUAAUUAUAAUGAAUAUUGAAAUAUGUUGCUUACAUGUAACUUUGCUCCAUAUAUCCAAUGUUAAAUUUGAGUUAUACAACGUAUACACAAUGUUCAUUUUUACUUCCAUAUUUACACAACAGCCAUACUAAUAGUAGCCUUACCCUUAAGGAUUUUAGCAAAUGUGGAUAGACUGAUUCACUUAUUUAACACAUUUUUCAAUGACAAUUGUGUAUGUUAUUAUAAAGUGAGUAUAAUGUAAAAUAAAAAAUAAUCACCCGUAGACUUAAUGUUUGUGUUAAGAGAGAAUAGAAGUAUUAAUUCUAAACCCAUCAAUAGUAUGGCUACUUUUUAAUCCCUGAAAGCGAAUAGGUUUCCAUUUUAAAAAAUUGUUCACCUUAACAUUCAGCACACAAAAAGAUGUGUAAAACAUGGGCGAUGAAUACAUUCUUUGUUAUGGACACUUGCAGACAAAUGUGAGGCUGUGAUGUUAGAAUAAAAAUGGAAGAAAUUACGAUCCUAAAGACUUUAGUUGGCCUUUUCUUGUGGUGAUGCAAUGCUAAGCUCUAGCUUGACUCUUGACUCCAGCCAGUUUCUUUUUAAUACUUUUAUUCUAAACAAAAGCAAUAAUGUGCACGGAAGCUGAAAGGGAAUGUGUAACAUUAUUAUUUCUUUUUUAUUGUUUUAUUCAAGAUAAUGUAAUAAUUUUGCAGAGGAAGUGCAAUAUUAUUUGUUUUUUGUUUUUAUUGUUUUCUUGAGAUAACGGAAGCUUAUCGUUUAUUUUAUUGGAUACCGUAGGAUGACCAGAAUGAGGGUCACUAAAGAUCUUGUGUCUGAAGUACAAUCAUGUUUGGACCCAGAGGGCAUUCUGCAAAGAGGGCACAUCACACUCAGAAGAAGACCAAAUUAUAUGUGGCACAUGAACAGCUAUGAUAAACCCACAAUGGGAGAGGGGUGUGGGUUUGCCCAAAAAAUAAUCUCUAAUCUCGGAAUUAAAAUCCACAUUAGCUAUUGCAGUUUGACACAAAGCAGGCAUGCAACAAAUCAUCCAACAUGAUUACACUGCUAGCAGAAACGCAUGAUGCCAACAGGCUUACAUUUGUGUCGUAUCACAUGGGUUUUCAUCAGUUGCAAUUUUUAUUUGUUUAUUAUUUUUUUUGUUAUUGUUGUUAUCAGUUAUUGUCAAGUGUUAGCAAGCUCAACAGAAGCAAAGGUUAAGUUUUGUUUUAUCGAGCCCUCAAGAAGAUUGUUAAAUUAUCUUGAGAAAACAAUUAAAAAAGAAUAUUGAACUUUGUUGAGAAAAUUAUUUUGUUAUCUCGAGAAAACAGUAAAAACUUAUGAUAAUGCAUGUCAUCUCUCAGCUUCCGUAAAUGUGUGCCAUGGCCAGACAUCUUUACAUUGCUACCAUGCAUUUAGGGUUUCAUGUUUACCAGUUCUUACAUUUACAUUUCCUUUUCUUGUAUGGUUUCCACAAUGAAAACAGAUGUCAGUAAAGCCAAUGUCACAUUACGCAAUUUCUAGAUGUGGGGUAUGUUAAACUCGCUGACUACAAACUGAUGAUCUCUCUGGACCGUUGUCAGUUGAAAUGACUGAAAAUUGCUGGCUAUGUCAUAUUUACUGACUGAGUGCCAACCUCACCAGUGCCAUCAUACUUGCCCUUUUUUUGUGACAGUGAAUAACGUGCUGCCUGUCAGAGUAGGCGCUGUAUCUGGGGUUAACAGCUCUAGCGAGUCUCAGCCCUUUUAUUUCUUUUUCUGUUCUGUCAUGGUACAUAAAAAUGGAGACAUCAGACAGAUAAGUGUUUCUUUUGUUUGUGAGGUUCAAAACACCCGUUUACUUUAUUGCUCAUUGCUGUAUUAUAAUUGUAUUUCUGGAUCAGCGUUCAUUUCUUUUCAGCAGUUAAGCAAAGAGCUCACACCUAUGACUAAAGACAAAAUGUUUGAUUUUGUCAGAGCGAGUCACAGACUAGUAGGUGUGUUGCUGGGAAUAUCACAUUAUGUGGCUGACUUUAUGGGAACACACCGCCAACUGCUGCUGACUAUUUAAGAUUAGGUAAGUGAAAGCUACAACUGAAAAUCACUGGAAAAGUAGUCUACAAAAAUGUAUCCUAGCCUAAAGAAUUACAAAAAGUAAGCAACAACAAAAAAAAAUGACUGUCCGGCCUGUAAAUCUGCCAACAAGCUGAAAUAUUAAUAGAGAAUAAUAAGGUCAACUUGGCCAUCUCAGUCUUUUUUGUAGUAGGUGCUAACAGACAACAACAAAAAAAACACUUUUCCAUAAUGAUUUGCAAUGGAAAUAUUUUCUUUCUAAAUUCAAUAUGUAUCUGGUGUUUUUUAUGUUCUAAUACACAUAAUAUAUCCAACAAUUUUCUGAAAUAAUCCUGAAUAGCAUACUUCUGGAUCUUAUAGUAUACCAGCUGUCCCCAGCGGCUCUGCCCACAUAGUAAUGAAACAAGACAAACUUUAAAAACAAUAAAAAAUAAUAAAAAGAUAUGUAAUUCUGGCCGAGUGGAUGGUAGGUAUGCUCCAGCGUCAAACGUUGGCACUGUAUCUGAUCAUGUUCAGCUCUGACAGGAGAGCAUCCCCUGCAUGGAGAGAAGAGAAAAUGGCUGCGAUAUCUCUGCCAAUCAGUAGCUACCCUCUAAAACACACGUAGCUCAGAUCUCUCUCUCAAAAACAUCAAACGCUACUCCUUAAUAAUCUGUAGAUGAUAAUGUCUGUUGAACAAACACGUAUUGCUAGCUAAGCAGAGGCAAGAAACGCUCCAACAUAUGGCAAGAGGUAGAGCAACUGGUGCGUGAGUGUGGUUCCCUCAGCCUGCAGCCUCUCUCUUGGAUUCAUGCAAAUAAAUUGAUACUGCAAGCGACCUAUGAUACUUAGCGCGAUGAGCGAAGUUGCAAAAUAAACCAGAAUGUUCAAGUGUGUCUGUCAUUUCAACAGAAGGUUGAAACACAAACAUUUAUAGUAAUAAAAUGCAUUGCAUCUGUUGUUCCAACAGAUGGCACAUCACAAACAUUAACACCGCCUUUACCAAUUCCAUACCACAUGGCAUAUAACAGAGACAUAUGCAUUGCAUUUGUCAUUUCAAAAGCCGGUGCAUCACAAACACUUGUAGUAAUUAUUACUACAAAUGUUUAUGAUGCACCAUGUGUUGGAAUGACAAAUGCAAUACAUUUUAUUACUUAAAUGCAUUAUAAAAUACAUUUCUGUAGAUGGUGCACUGCAAAUGUUAAUGGUGAGGUCUAUAUUGAUUACUUACAUUUCAAGCCAUCUUAGACGGGUGGCACAGCUAGUCAGUAAAUCAUUGUCUAAAUAGCCAGAACAUUAAAAAAUAAAAUAGGAAAAAAAAAAAAAAAAUCUUAUCUGUCUAACACAUAUAAAUUAUUGCCCCAUUCAGUAAAAAGAAAUAGCAUAACAUAUUUGUAAUUUCUAGAUAGAUGCAAGAAAUGUAGGAACUUGGAGGUAACAGCUUGCUUAGUUAAGUUUGGGUCCAAUUAGAUUGGGACAAACACCGCAGCCACAGAGGGGCUCCAGGACUGAACUUGAGAUCAUCUGAUUUAAAGCAUUUAAAAGGUUUCGUUUGCUCCUGUGGGUCAGACACUUCAGUAUCUUAGGAAAGUGGCUCUCAAUGUCAGUCCUUGGGGCCUCUGUAACCAGUUUUAAUCAGUAAGGCAAUUUUACCUCAAAUUGAUCUCAUGAUUUAAUUUGCUGAUUCUGGCAUUCAGAAGAGUGUGACAUUUAUAAGAAAUAACAAAAAAUAUGUAUUUUGCCAUGCCUUUAAAUGUUUGACUCUGUUUUAUUAUUUUAUUUUUAAUUUGCUUAUUCUGUGGUGUUUGCUGUCUUAAUUGCAUCAAGAUCCUGACAAAUAUGGAUGAGCAGAGCAGAUGCUGUUGCAAAGAACAGAGAACGUUAAAGGGCAGCAGCUAUUUCAGUGUCACCAUCUUGUGUGCUUACAGUGUUUGAUGGAGAACAUUAAAAAGAGUAGAAUAUUAGAAAGUAAUAAGAAUUUAUUUUUACCCAUCUAACACAAAGGCAUUCUUGAUUCAUUCAGUAAUAAUUUAUGUUAAUCAGUUUGUUAUUUUUGGAUUGAUAUAAAAAUCAUUGAAACUGGGAUAUAAAAGCUUGGCUAAUUAAGGUAAGAGUCCAAUAAGACUGGUAGGAAAACCCACAGCAACAGGACGCCACCAAGGGUGAACUUGAGAAGCAAUGACACAAUAGGACCAGUCCAGUUCAACAUUUCUAUUUGUGUGAUAAUGUUAUACUGUAUUGUAUUUGUUAAUAAAACAUAAUAAAGGUUUCAACAUACAUGCAAAUACACUGCAAUAUUUAUGCCAAAGUGUAAACAAUGCUUAUGCUUGCACAUCACACCAAAGUACAACCUAGAAACCUACAAAGAAAUCUCAAGAUCGUGUGUUGUUCUUGCACUCCCAAAGCAGAGCGUCCAUGUUCGUUUGACCUUGGCUUCAACUGGACUAACGGCAGAGCAUUGCGCUCUGCAUGUUUGAACUACCCAUAAGCAUACCGCAAAUGUGCUGUAUUGCAUCAGCUUCUAUUGUCGUGGUCACCACAUAAUUUUCAAAUUGCUUUACUUUUUGAUUUACCUUUGUAUAACUUUCAAAAAUAAUGUAAAAUACAUACAAAUAAUAAUAAAGUUCUAAAUUCAUAGCAUUUGUGUUAAAGUGAUAUGUUGUACAAGCAGGGUGAUUUGAAGGAAAAAGCCAGUUAUUAUGGGUUUUUUAGCUCACAAUCCAAAAACGAUUCAUUUACUCAGCCACUAUGAUGAGAGAUACAAAAAAAUAAUUAAUUCUACAAAGCUGAAAACCCCAAAUUCAUAGUUUUUGCAUUGAAGUGAUGUACCACACCAGUGCAGAGAGAUCCGGUAGACAAAAACGUCAUUUUUUAUGGGUGUUUAGCAUGUUAUCCUACAAAGGGACACCUCAUUCAGUCACUGUGGAUGACGGCCUGGCUUUAAGAGAAUUGUCCUGGUUUCUGUUACUGAGCACUUCCGCCUGCUGGGAUACGCUUGUCACUUUGGUGGCUCUCCUCUCUGUUGUCACUGACAGCACUGUUACAGUAUUAUAGUCUAAGCAGGAAUUAACAUAAUAAAUAAGUGACUGGUUCAUGUAAGCAAAACAUGUGUAUGUGUUAAUGUGAUAAAGUAUGUCAGUAUGUUACAUAGGCGGAUGACAUGAAAGACAUUUAAAUGUGCUUCAUUUCUGUUCUUCUGUAUUGUGCUUGUACUUUAUUAAUUUUUAAUUGGAAUGGGAAUUAGCCUACAAAAGUAUGUUUUUUAAAAAAGCCUAUUGACUGUUUUUAUUCAUCCUGACAUCACACUUCUAAAACUAUUAAAUAAAAUGUGUUCUUCACUUUUA